UCAACAGUUUAUAAUAUAACUAUUUAUAAAUUUUGUUUAGGCGACUAUUUUUGUGAGUGUUGGUAUCCCUGUAAUUGCUAUAGUUUGACGUUUCCUUUUCCAUGUGGCAUGGUGUCGGCGUAAGUUGCCGAAUAAGCAACCACAAUGCCGCAGAACGAAUACAUUGAGCGUCACCAAAAGCUUUAUGGUAGACGGCUAGAUUAUGAGGAGAGGAAACGUAAAAAAGAGGCCCGUGAGCCUCACAAGAGAGCAGAAAAGGCGCGCAAACUCAGAGGCAUCAAGGCAAAGAUCUUCAAUAAGGAGCGGCGCAAUGAAAAGAUUCAGAUGAAGAAGAAGAUUAAAGCGCACGAGGAGAAAAAUGUGAAACAGAACACAGAGAAAGUAUCUGAAGGAGCAUUGCCAGUGUACCUUCUGGACAGAGAUGUCCAGUCUCGCGCCAAAGUCUUGUCCAACAUGAUUAAACAGAAACGAAAGGAGAAAGCUGGCAAGUGGGAUGUACCCAUACCCAAGGUGCGGGCUCAGGCCGAUGCUGAAGUGUUCAAAGUACUCAAGUCAGGUAAAUCAAAAAGGAAAGCUUGGAAACGAAUGGUAACUAAAGUCACUUACGUUGGAGAGAACUUCACCAGAAAGCCACCCAAGUUUGAGAGGUUCAUUAGGCCAAUGGCACUUAGAUUCAAGAAGGCACAUGUAACACAUCCAGAGUUGAAAGCCACUUUUUGCCUGCCAAUUAUUGGAGUUAAGAAGAACCCCAGCUCGCAAAUGUUCACAAGCCUGGGGGUGAUCACCAAGGGUACUGUUAUUGAAGUUAACAUCUCAGAGCUUGGUCUUGUGACGCAAGCGGGUAAAGUUGUUUGGGGAAAGUACGCUCAGGUUACCAACAACCCUGAAAAUGAUGGAUGUAUCAAUGCUGUUCUAUUGGUUUAAUGUAUUACAAUUUUGACAAUAAACAUGUAAAAAAAG